ACGUGGGUGCCUUGUCAAGAGACGGUCUGUCGGAGGAGUGAAUUCUCGGUUUGCGAGGGAGGUAACCAGGGAAAACAACGAUUGAGCACCAUAGUUGGGCGCGAUAGUAUUAAAGGGAGGAAAAUAUUGACUUUGAAAUAAUUUAGGUGGAUUUACGUUGCCACAGUUGGAGGUUAACCCUGGAUUCUUGUGCAUCCUUGAACGUGGGCAACUUCGAGGCGAUGACUUUUUUUUUUUAUGUAAACGCUCACUUGACAUCCUCGUAGUGAAGGUUAUGUUUGAAAAAACGACGCGGCGUGUAGUUUGGUAGAGGAUUCGUGCAGGUGGCUGUAAAUAUUGGUUUUCCAUUCAUGAAGGCGGAUAGUAUUGAUAUAAUUUAGGAGAAGGAUCGGACCGUGAGAUCCCGUUUAUGGGUGAGGGAAUGUAAGGAGAGAUAGUGCUUAGAAAUGAAGAUGGGCCUUAAAGAUCUCGAGUACGUUACCUUAGGUUGAAGAAAGCAUUUUGACCAAUCCAUCUAAAGGUUGGUUUUGGAGAAAGUCUUGCAUGGUCUGUGAAAAAUACUUGUUUACAAAAUGGAUAAAGUGCACGGAGCCACUUUUGGGGGAGGGGACACAAACCUGCAAGAAUACUGGGAGGAGUACCAGAAAAUGAUCGAGGAAACUAAAAUGCUCGACGAUUAUCUGGAAGAAGAGUGUAGUCCACGAAGUUAUAAUGAAGGCGAAGAAGAAGCAGAAUGGUUACGUGCAGCUGGAUUAGGAGAAUUAACCGAACCUUGGAAAGCAGGAAGAGAGGUCCAACCGGAGGAACUAGGAGCUGCGGUGAGGCCUUUGUCUCGAGCUCAAGCCGAAGCUGUUAAGCGUCGGGUUCGGUCUCUUAAUCAUACGGUGCGGCAGCAUUUCAAUCAACGUCACAGAGUACGCAAGCCUGACAUCAGAGAUGUAUUUAAGGAUGUCGAAGUGUCAAGUACUGGAACAAGGUCUCGCAGUGCAACGCCAGAUUCCUUGGAUUCCGUAUCAGGUGAAACACCAGAAAAUGCUUCACCUCCGUCUCCUCCAAAUGUUACUGUUAUCGAUCCUCACCAUGAAAACGUAAACGUGCCUAGCUUUGUAUCGAUAUUUCAUCGAACACGUCCUGAUAACAAGGAUGCAGUUCAUAGAUUGCCUAGUGGACCUACCACAUCGGCUGCGCAGCCUGUCUCAAUUUCUGCUCCUGCGCCAUUGCCAAUUCAAGAAAUUUUCAGAAGAUCGGGGCAUUGGUCUCAGAGAGGAGACGUCGCCAACGACUGUGAGGGCAUCGAGCUGACUGGCUAUCAUAGAUUAGGAACCAUUCAUCUUUCGAGACCUAUUCAGAGGCAUAGCGAUAGAGAUCCUGGCGAUGUGGCUAAUUCUGUGCCUUCUGUUCUGGAUCCAGAACCAGCUCGUAAAAUGAACAUAAAUAAGGAUUCAACAUUAAGGAGGAGUUCAGGAGGUCAUGCGACCGUUACUCGAAGCCACAGUAGUUUGUACGGGUUAUCCAGACCUGCAGAUAAUAUGAUUACACAUCCGCUUAAUCGUACAUCUUCCCAUGGUCAUCUCAGUUUCGAGGAGAUGUGCAGAGCAAAUGAAGUCAAAUCUCAAGUUUGGGCUUCGGAAGUUCUCAUGGCUGAUGAUGGUUAUCCUCAACAAGUUGCGGAAUUGUUAUCUCAACGUGAUCUUACUAGGUUGCAACCACUUUUGUGGCUUGAACUUAGCGCAGUCUUUGACAAAUACAAUAUACCUCUGGUCAAACGGAAACCGAACAAGCGUCGAAGGAAAGCUGGAAACUUGUUCGGGGUCUCGCUGUCAACCUUACUCUUGAGGGACAGUCAAUUGACAAGCGACGAAAGCAAUAUUCCUCUCAUAGUCCAAAAACUUCUCGACGAACUCACGAAACGAGGAGUGAAGGAAGAGGGCAUCCUGCGUGUUGGGGGUCAUAAGCAAAAGGUUGAAAUGCUCUGCGUCGAGUUGGAAACGGAUUUCUAUUCCAAGCCUAAGGAGAUAGAUAAAUUAUUUAAACGUUCUCCGUGCCAUGAUUUGUCAGCCGUUUUGAAGAAACUGCUGCGGGAUCUACCUCAGCCCCUUCUCACAGUAGAGCUGAUCGAUGCGUUUUAUCAGAGCCAUGGUGUCAGCAAUCCUAAUGAUCUCUCGUAUUCGUUGAACUUACUGGUACUAUUACUUCCCGUUGAACAUCGAUGUACUUUGAAAGCGCUGCUGACUUUUCUCAAGCUGGUGAUCGACAAUCAGACCUCGAACAAAAUGUCCAUUCAUAACGUGGCCAUGAUUGUUGCACCGUCUUUGUUUCCGCCACGUUAUGUUUAUCCUCGGGAUCGGGCCGACUUAACCGCCCAGGUUAAUAUGGCCGCGAUUUGCUGCAGGGUUACCGAGGCUCUACUUCGUAACAUUGAGAAAUUGUGGUAUGUACCUAGGGAGCUAAUCAACCAAUUGCGCAGGCAAUCGGAGGAGGACAGAUACCGCAAGUGCAGGAAAAAGUAUUACUGAACGUUAUCGCACAAUCAGGCUCUACUUCGAUAACUGUCGACUAUGUUUUCUCACCACUCGUCAUGCCUUUGUGUUGCCUUUGUUAUAAAAAAGAAAAAAAAUACUUUUACAUGGAGACUUUUUAUAAAAGCACGGUUUUAGUUUUCGAGCUGGGGAUACUGGGGAAUUUAACAAAAUUGUUUAAUAUUUUAUUUCUCAAAGUCAUUUUAAUCCCAGUAUUUUGGAUGUACGUGUUAUAGGCACUUUUAAUGGGAUCUUCUUGGCGAUUGCGAAACUUGGAAUUUAUUUUCACUCUUGGCACGUCUUGCAUCGGCAUGGCGAGUUGGCGAAUAUUCUAUGAAGAAUUCCAAAAGAUAUUGUUUUUACAUCUCGUGCAUUUAUGCGAAUGCAACGUUUAUGGGUCUUUUUUUUAAUGCGUAUUUAGUGCAGGAUGGAGAGGUUGUAAAAAUGGUUCUAGGUAAUGAAACGAAAGCACAAGAAACACGUUAAGAAAUAAGUCGUUUAAUAUUGAAAUAAUGCAAAGGACAGACUCUCAAUUUAUCCGUGCUAUUCAUAUUUAGGUAUUCUUUUUUUACUAAUAAUAUUUAUUAUAAUCUGUUAAUAUAUUCGUUCAAGGUAAGCCGCUUACACUAGCAUAGUAAAUCAUUUUCUGAUAAUCGUAUAACGAAGUCCGCCAAGAUAUAUAAAAUGUUUAAGUCUACGAGAUUUAUAUCGUUACCAGCAGAGAUAUGUAAAAUUGAAUUUUAUAGAUCACACAGUGCUGCUUUAAUUGGCUGGGAUUAUUUAUAAAUCAGAAACGUAUUAACCGUCGAGAAAACUACGAACGUCGAUUACAGUUGAGGUAUCUAAUUACGCCAUAUUUCAAGUAUUUUUAACGACAGAUUUGUUAUUAUUUAAAGAAGUAAUUUGUAAGCUGAGUCGUGCCAAUUAUUUCUUCUCGACGUUUUCAAUGAUUUUUCUAAUACAUAUCACUUCCACGUGUAGGUAUUUUAACGUGUUAAUCACAUUGUUCUCAAAAAACGCCAUAUUAUUCUAAGGUAAUGUAUAUAUAUAAUUUUGUAAGUUGUUACAAAUUAACUAAUAAAGUGCCAAAGAAAA